AUGCUGCUGCAGAGGAACUCUGGUGAGCUGAACGCAGCGCUGGCAGCCGACGCGCUGGAGCUUGCCGCCACCAACCCCAUGGCAGGCUGGGGCGGCCGUGCUGAACACAUUACAGGCAGCCAGAUCGGCAGCUUCUUCACUAGCAGGGCAGCCAAGCUGAAGAGUGUCCAAGCCACCGUCUCCAAGCACGAGGGCACAACUGACGAGCAACUCAAGGCGGCGUUGGACAAUGGCAGCAUGGACAAGAAAGAUUAG